AUACCGAAUGAUAGAAUGGGCACAGAAACCAAGAGCAACAGUUACACAGGACAGAUUUCAACAAGUGGCGGCAAUCCAAAAGUGAUGAAAGAUUCUUUAUCCUUAGUUCGUCAAACGGUCAAUCAGCAAUCGCAAUCGAAUCAAAAUCAAUAUCAAAACGAUAACGAUAACGAUAACCAUUUGAAUUCAAAUUCGUAUUCAAACGCAACCAAAAACCAGCCAGAGACAAACAACUCGAACUCGGAGCAGAACAGCACGUCGUUGACCAAAGAAUCAAAGAAGAUUAUCGUACCCUUUGUGCCCAUAUUUGUCGAGGAGGCCGAUGUAAUUCAAGGUGCCAAGGAGCUAUUGAAGGUUAUACGACCGAACUGGGAUCUCGCCUACGUUGAGUUUAAGAGUUUUACCGAUGGCAUCACAAACAAACUGGUUGGAUGUUUCCACAAACCAGCAACCAAACUGAAGAAGGACGAUGAGAACGAUGUGGACACCGACGACAAACAGCAAGAACCAUAUGUGCCCCCAAUCAAAGUUGAGGAGCCACCAGUGCAGGAGGACGAGGAGGAGGAGUUUACGGCAAAUGGGGAAACAGAUGGCCUACCUCUACAGUACUCCGAUAACGUAGUCCUGGUCAGGGUUUAUGGAAACAAAACAGACCUACUGAUCGAUCGGAAAGCUGAAACGCAAAAUUUUCUACUAUUGCAUACAUAUGGACUAGCGCCAUCGCUAUAUGCAACGUUCAAGAAUGGCCUCGUCUACGAAUACGUACCUGGUACCACCUUAAAUACUGAAAGUGUUCUUUGUCCAGAGAUUUGGCCAUUGGUUGCUCGUCGUAUGGCUGAAAUGCAUCGUAAGGUUAGGAAGAAUGUGGGAGAUAUUAUUGGAGGAGGUGCUACAGCGGCGGUUGCUACGAGUGCGGAUACGAAUGUGGAUGCAGUAAAGCCAUUGCCAAUGAUAUGGACGAAAACGCAAAGCUUUCUUGAUUUAGUACCUGAACGUUUUAGUGAUGCUGAGAAACACAAAAGAGUGAAAGGAACAUUUCUACCAAUUGGUCGACUGCGUGAGGAAUUCAACAGCUUGUACAAAUAUCUGGUGGCAUUAGACAGUCCAAUUGUUUUCUCACACAACGACCUACUGCUGGGCAAUGUCGUCUACACGAAAAGCAUGAAGACGGUUAACUUUAUUGACUACGAGUACGCCGAUUACAAUUUUCAGGCAUUCGACAUUGGCAAUCAUUUUGCGGAAAUGUGCGGUGUCGACGAGGUGGACUAUACGCGCUAUCCCAAGCGCGAGUUUCAAUUGCAAUGGCUGCGCGUCUACCUCGAGGAAUAUCUGCAGCGUACGAAUAUACAGAGCGCCGAGGUUGAUUGGCUCUACGUGCAGGUCAAUCAGUUUGCUUUAGCAUCGCAUAUCUUCUGGACAGUGUGGUCCCUAUUACAAGCCGAGCAUUCCACUAUCGAUUUCGAUUAUGUAGGCUAUGCGUUUCUUCGUUACAAUGAAUACUUGGCCAGGAAGGAGGAGUUUUUAUCAUUGACUGCUGCUGCAUCACAGAAGAACAAUAAAUGAGUUCUCUCUCUCUCCCUCUUGCUAUUCGGAGAAACUAUAU